AACACCCUUUCUUUUGUCUGUGAGAGUGAGGGAGAGGUGAGAUUACUACCGGCGAACACUGAAACGCGUCUUCUGGUUGAGAGAGAGAGAAUGGUGACAUUGGUGAGAAGCUUAUCUUGGGUGUUUGUGCAACAGAGUCGAAUGUUCAAUUCGAGAAAUUGGGUUAUCAAUCAAAUUCAACAGCCCUGUAAGAACAUUCUCAAGCGCACUCUCCCGCUACGUGUUCGAGCUUCGUCAACUGUCUUCGUCCAAACCAAUUCCACUGAUCCUACUGAUGUCCAGAAUGGUGAGGACAUCAAUAAUAAAAGGAAUAACAUUUUAGCUUGUCCGGUAUGCUACGACCCAUUGGCGUUGACCAGCGAGCUGGGCUUAUCUGUGGAGUCUGUCUCUGGGUCUAGUUUACAAUGUAGCACUUGUAAGAAGACUUACUUUGUGAAUGAGACACAUCUUGAGCUCACAACAGCAAGCGGGUUCAAGAACUAUGGUGAACCUAUGCCCGCUUCCACAGAGGUUUUCAGGACACCUUUGGUAUCAUUUCUUUAUGAAAGGGGUUGGCGUCAAAGUUUUUCUGCAUUAGGUGGUUUCCCUGGCCUCGAAAAAGAGUUUGAACUGAUUAAAGAAUUCUUAAAGCCAGUCAUGGGUGGAAAUAUUAUCGAUGCAAGUUGUGGGAGUGGGUUGUUCUCGAGACAAUUUGCUAAGAGUAAUCUUUUUUCUCUUGUUGUUGCUCUCGAUUACUCAGAGAACAUGUUGAAGGAGUGCUAUGAAUUCAUUAAGCAGGAAGAAAACUUCCCCAAAGAGAACAUAAUUUUGGUCAGGGCUGAUAUCUCUAGGCUCCCUUUCGCUUCAAGUUCUAUAGAUGCUGUUCAUGCUGGUGCGGCUCUACACUGCUGGCCUUCACCGUUAUCAGCUGUUGCUGAAAUCAGUCGAGUUUUACGACCUGGUGGAGUGUUUGUUGCAUCAACCUAUAUACUUGAUGGACCUUUUAGUUUUCUCCCAUUCUUGAAGAAUAUACGCCAGAAUACAAGGCAAAUAUCAGGCAGUUUCGUUUUCCUAUCUGAACGUGAACUAGAAGAUCUUUGUAGAGCUUCUGGGCUAGUUGGUUUCACAUGUAUAAGGAAUGGCCUUUUUGUGAUGAUCUCAGCCAAAAAACCCAACUGAGCAUCAUAUGUUGCUGUAUCAUCUUUCUAGUUUUUAUUUCAGCUUCAAAGCCGCAUUAGUAGAGAAUACUCUUUUCUUGGAAUGUAUAUGCUUGUACUUACUAUUUGCUGUAAUAGCAAAUAGUAUGCUUAUGCUGAAACUAUAAACUGAAAGUUACUAUAAACUAUGUCCACAUUCUGUACAUAAGAAAUUUGAAAAGGAAAUUUGAGCAUGUUUAUGCUUAAAGAGCCCAAUAUUAAGAAGUGGAAAUUAUGUGAGGUAUGAUUUUUUGGAACUUUCAUUUCAUGAAUAUGAACAUUUUAAGGUUUUUCUUAA